GUUGUGAGAGGACAUCACAAUCAUGAGCGACGCUGCAGCUACCACUUUAGGUACCAUAUCAGCAGUGCAAUCAGCGCUGACUGUACUAUCUGCAUUACAGUUGACGGCCUUCCGCUACCCGUCGGAUUGUUCCUUAACAAAUGCUUCUUCAUACGACUUCAUUGUUGUUGGCGGUGGCAGCGCUGGAUCAGUACUCGCUUACCGUCUCUCAGCUAACACCAAACACAAAGUCCUGUUAAUCGAAGAAGGCUCGUAUCCACCUUUCGAAACUGAAUUACCGUUACUGUUCACGCCGAUACCAAAAACUUCGGUUGACUAUGAUACAUCAUCUGUAAAUGAUGGGUAUACUACCCAGAAUCUGCAAGACCAAAUUAUUAGUCUAACCCAGGGGAAAAUGCUUGGUGGUAGCAGUAACCUCAACCAUAUGAUACACGUACAAGGAGAUCCUCAUGAUUACAACCAGUGGGCUUCCAUUCUAGGAGAUGAUUCCUGGAACUACGAAAAUGUUCUACCAUUCUUCCAGAAAUUAGAAAAUUUGACUGACGUCGAUUUGCUUGCAUCAUCCUUCGCUGACCUCCAUGGUACUGAUGGUAUGAUUAAAAUUGCAAGAGAACCUUCAUCUACAACUGCUAAAUACUUAGAAGCAUUUGCAGAACUUGGAGUCCCAACUGUUGAUGAUACAACAUCUCGUACGUCAUCAAUUGGUGCUACCGACCCUUUGUACACUAUUGCUGACAAUUUACGUCAAAGUAACGCGCUUUCUUACUUGGCACGAGCUAAAUCUUUUGACAAUCUAUGUGUUGCACUAUCUACUAAAGUACACAAAAUUUUGUUCGAUGGUACCACUGCUACUGGUGUUCAAGUCAAUACGUCUAGUGGUGAAUCUCUCGUAUUGUAUGCAAACAAUGAAGUGAUUGUAUCUGCUGGUGCGAUACACUCUCCUCAGUUGUUGAUGUUAUCUGGUAUUGGACCUAAAUCACAUCUAGAAUCACUUGACAUUCCAGUUGUAGCUGAUUUACCUGUUGGUCAAAACCUAAUGGACCAUCCAUCAGCUGUACUCUUAAUUCAGAUGGAAGCUAGCACUGAAGCUACUCCAGCAGCCAACCCAUACGUAUUCCCCGUACCAACUACCACGUUCUAUGCGGCUGUAGAUUCAUCUCAGACUUACCCAGAUUACCAGACUAUCAACCUUGUUUUCCCUCACGACUCAGGCGCUAUGAUGCAACUUUGCACUAACGUUUUUAAAUACUCCAACGAUAUAUGUAACAAAUUCUACGAAGGUAAUGUCGGUAGAUCUGUACUAUUCGUAGUACAUAAUUUGAUGAUGCCAAACUCACGUGGUAAUGUGAGCCUUGCAAGUACUGAUAUCUCAGUAGAUCCAUUAGUAUACACUGGUAUGUACAGUGACAGUAGUGAUUUGGACUUGAUGGUUGAAUGCUUGGAAGAUUUUGCAGGAGUAUUAAAUACAACAUACUUUAAAAGCGUUGAUGCAGCGCUCGUCGAUACUGGACUAUGCACUGGUAAAACAGGUACUGAGUUCUGGAAAUGUUACGCUUUGGGAAUGUCUUCUACUAUGUGGCAUUAUGCAGGUACUUGUGCUAUGGGAUCAGUUGUGGACAGCACACUUAAAGUUAAGGGCGUGAGUGGCCUGCGAGUUGCUGAUGCUAGUGUUAUGCCUACUGAAGUUAGUGGUAACAUAAACGCUGCAGUUACGAUGAUUGGUGAGAAAGCUUCCGCGUAUAUUCUCGCUGAUUAUUAAUGGUCAAUAAUUUCGAUACCAUAGGCUCUCCGUAUUAUUCAAUUUAAUUUAGAAUUUUGUCACUAAUUAACUCGUUCUGAGCCAACUGUUACAAUGCCUAGCCUUCUUCUUUUAAAAUUGUAUAAACUGCUAAUGUAAACUGAAGUUACC